UCGAAUCCAGUGAAAUGUUGGGCCAAUUCCGAUUAGUCAACUGUUAUUAAUGGAAUGUAUAAAUAGACUUAUAUAAUGAACCUGACAAUUGGAUGAAACUAGCUCAGGGUCCAAAUACAACGAUUUUAUGCUUUCCUAUUCUUCUAACACUCUCGUUUGUCACAUAAAUAUUAUGAAUUAUGUUUUAUUAGUCAUUAUCACGCAUUGAAAAUAUAACAUAAAAUAACAUCGAUAUAGUUAUUGACGUAUCUGUUUUUUAUGAUAUUUGAUUAAUUUUAAACUCACUUCUGUAUUGAACAUAAAUAUAGCUAUACUUAUCUCUUUUUAUCUACAAAAUGUUAUUACGUCCGAUGAUGUUACAUCCGAUUUUAAUCUAUGAUGUAAUAUAACAGCUUCCUAAGAUAGCAUAUUGAUAUAAAUAUUUAUAAAGAUAAGAUAUGAUUCUUAAUUAAUUUCGAACAAUAAAUAUACCAUAACUUAUAUUGUUUUACAUUAAUAUACGAAUCCGUGUAUGUAUUCGAUUGGGGCCCGCGGGCCCAAAUGAUUCAGAACAUAAUCAUCGAAUGAAUUAAGUUAUGAGAUGAUCCUCCCGCUGUCGGACCGAUCUUCGAUUCUGGAUUUCGUAGACACAGAUGGCGCCUGGAAUUCGAACAAAUACAAUCCCUGUAGCGUUUCCAUUGGCUAGAAAGGACUCGCGAUCUUAGCAUGGAUUGGCCGUUGAUCGUGAUCGAGAGAUCUCGACAAAUCCUGACUGUGUCCUGUAGAGCAAGGAAGGAGGGUACACGAACUGUACGUAAAGUGAUCGUGCCGGUAUCGCAGGUUCGUGCAGUUUUGGUCCAUUGUCAUCGCUUUUGACGGGAUCACGGGGAGCAGCGACUGAUCACGAGAAAUAGAUUGCACGUAUGCACGUAUUGAACGAUAAUAGCUACAUUGACGAGGGACGUAUAAGCAAGUGUACAAGGCUGUACAUCCGAUCAGUGUGUGUAUGCGAGCACAACCGCGUGCGGGCGGUUCCCACACGUCCGUGCAACAAGUGUCAUACACGGGAGCGCGGCGAAUAACCGAUUAUUCCGAAGAGCACCGUGCAUGGUGCUCGUUCUUUCUUCACCGAAUAGAAAGAACGACCGGCGAGAAUGGGUUGUGCGGUGAGCACCACCGGCGAGAAAGAAGCUGCGGAAAGGUCUAAGAAGAUCGACAAGGAUCUCAGAGCCGAUGGGGAACGGGCCGCCAGUGAGGUCAAGCUCCUCUUGCUCGGAGCUGGAGAAUCUGGAAAAUCUACUAUAGUAAAACAAAUGAAAAUUAUCCAUGAAACUGGCUAUAGUAAAGAAGAAUGUGAACAAUAUAAACCUGUAGUUUGUAGUAAUACAGUUCAAAGUCUUAUGACAAUAAUUAGAGCCAUGGGUCAACUUAGAAUUGACUUUGCAGACCCUAAUAAAGCGGAUAUAGCACGUCAAUUCUUUACCCUAGCUUCUGCAGCAGAGGAGGGUGAGCUAACUGGGGAACUGGCACUAUUAAUGAAACGAUUAUGGCAGGACGCUGGAGUACAACUUUGUUUCACACGUAGUAGGGAAUACCAGCUCAAUGAUUCUGCGGCAUAUUACCUUAAUGCUUUAGAUCGUAUAGCACAACCUAAUUAUAUUCCUACUCAGCAAGAUGUUCUUAGAACACGUGUGAAAACAACAGGAAUAGUAGAAACACACUUUUCUUUCAAAGGCUUACAUUUUAAAAUGUUUGAUGUGGGUGGUCAAAGAUCAGAAAGAAAGAAAUGGAUACACUGUUUUGAAGGAGUUACUGCAAUCAUAUUUUGUGUUGCAUUAAGUGGAUACGACUUGGUUCUUGCAGAGGAUGAAGAAAUGAAUAGAAUGAUAGAGUCGAUGAAAUUGUUUGAUUCUAUCUGUAAUAGUAAGUGGUUUGUUGAAACAUCGAUCAUUUUAUUUCUAAACAAAAAAGAUCUUUUUGAGGAAAAGAUCACUAGGAGCCCAUUGACUAUUUGUUUCCCAGAGUAUAAGGGUGCUAAUACAUAUGAAGAAUGUGCUUCUUACAUUCAAAUGAAAUUCGAAAAUUUGAAUAAAAGAAAAGAUCAGAAACAAAUUUACACACAUUUUACAUGUGCUACCGACACAUCUAAUAUACAAUUUGUGUUUGAUGCUGUAACCGAUGUUAUAAUCAAAAACAAUUUGAGUAAUUGUGGUUUAUUAAGUUAAACAUACCAAUAUCUUAUUAAAUCAAAAUGAGUAAAUUGAUAUCUAAGAUGUAUAAACUUACGUGAGUGCACAAAGGAUACACAUGAGACUGAGAACAAAUUGUUAGGAACAGAAAUAUAAUUUGGGUAUACCACCAUGUAUACCAAUAAUGCUAUCUUUCCAUUUUGUCAUCUCCUGUUGGUUUUUACAAUAUUUUUAUACUAUGAAUAAUAGUACUAUGAAAUAAUUUGUUAGAUCCUUAUCUAUAUCUUUCUCAUGCAAAAUAUCAUGACAUUUCGUUGUAAUUGGUUACUUUUAACUUAUUACUUUAUUUUAAAUGACUAAUGUAAAAUUGGAAUGUUUGAAAAUUUAAAUUGUUAUCUUAAUAAAAGAGCAGAUACUGUUUUCAAACAAACAAAUAUCUGGUCUCACUGCUAACUGUGUUUAGUAUAUUAACCAGAACUAGUUAGCUAUUAAUUUAGUAAUACCAUUUUGUAUAUAAUUUAUUCAUUAAAAAUAAUAUGUUUAUACUGAAUGGAAAUGUAUUUCCAUAACAGUGCUCGAAGCUAUUCAUUUCUCUUAUAAUAAUUUGUCCAUACUGCAAUGACAGACACAGUUCAUCAUGUUGACAAUAUAUAUUUAUACAAGCUAAAUUUGAUAAAAAAUUUUGUAAAAAAGACAAGGACCUUUUUAUACGUAUCAUUAAAUAAUGUUUAAAGGGUUGUCAUUAUUGCUCUAUCUGCCAAACAAAUGACAAUGUUAGAAUUAGUUACAGAUUUAGAAAACAGUCUUAUUAUAUUGAUGAAAUAAAUAAAAAACUUUUUUAAAAAAGUGAUAUUUUUUUGAAAUCCUAUGCUUGCCGUUCUGAAAUACAGAGUGAUGGUAGCAGAUUAGUGAAUUUUAGAAAGUAACAAAAUACAUAAUGUAUUUGGUGUAUCUAGGAAACGUAUGUAAAUUACAAGAGUUUUUCUCUUUUUUCACUAAAGUCAUCUCUAUUUACAUUUCCAUCAAAUAGAUACAUGAUUCAAUUUAUAAAAAUGUUUAAGUUCAUGUAUUUUUAAUAUUGUUUUAGAUUUGUAAAUCAUGUCAUUUUAGAUUUGUAACGUUUUCGCGAAAUUUUCCGUUUAGAAAAGACUCAUAGAAAUGAUGAUACUCACACAUUAAGUACUUAUUAUUCCAAAUCUUCCACAAUAAUUAAGAAUAUUUCCUUCGUUGUAUAAACACAGAAUCUCAUUUUAGUUGUAAUUCGUAUCGAUCUCUAUAUUAUAUGUAUAUGUACAAUAAUACAAUACAUGUGAAGCUACAAAAUAAAUAUAGUAAUAUUUUGUUUUUCUGACA